GGAUUCUGACGCAUGCGCGUUUCUCAUGGUUAUUGGUAAACAACAUGGCGUAAAAGUCAUCAUGAAAUGUGAAUAACUGGCUUAUAUUGAUGUUUGUCCCUUUAAAGAAGUGAAAUAGAAAACAGAGAUGACUUGAUACCACUAGGUAUGUCAGAACAGGAAAUAGACACACCUACAAGUGGGCGGGGAUUGGACCUUGGCCAGUCUCCUGCAACACCAAUCAGUAUAGACACACCCACUUUAAUGAAAAGGGAGGGGAAUGAAAGUUUCAGACCAGAAAGUAGUGGAGAGUUGGAAGUAGAUGAUCAUGUUUUUGAUGUUCAGCUUUCAGAGGUGAUUGAAAGGAAAUCUACAGUCAGCUCAGAUUCUAGAAUAACAGAAGAUCCAAAUCAAGUGAAUGUUCACCAGUUUUAUCCGGAACUUGAGCACCAGUUCAUGAAAGAUCAUCAUACACAGGACAAUGGUCAGAAGGAUGAGAAAUCAGGUAAAGACACGAUUGAGGAGCCAGACUCAAGGAGUAGUCACAUGGCCCUGGUUCCCAGCACCGUGUCAGGUACGCCAUGGUCAAAGGAAGACGAAUAUAACUCCUCCGAUCCACAGUUCCUUUACUACAUGGAACGUUGGAGACUUAGUGUAGAGCAGGAAAGUAGACAGAGUAGGAAAACUCAGGUGACUUCAGUAAGUGGUGGGGAAGGUGUAUUUAGUACAGCUGUGGAUGAGAAGACCCUAGAAGAGGCGAAACUGCGUCAGAAUCAGAGUAUCUUCCACACAGAGAAAUGGGGGAUGGAAAAACCGCCACAACCUAGCAUGCAAGAAAUCAUGGACGAAACAGCUGUUAAACACUUCAAUAAAGCGAUACAGAUGAAGGAGGAAGGAAAUUAUCAAGGAGUCAUUCUUUUCAUCAAUAAGGCAAUGGGAAUUCGUAAAGAUGAUGUGCGUUUUUUCGUGGAACGGGCGGAGGCGUAUCUGAGACUGUGCGAUUUUCAGUCAGCGAUACUGAACUAUAAGAAAGCGUGUUUGCUAGACCCGUCAAAUGAACAGUUCUAUAAUAGACUGUCAUUUCUCUAUUACUUUCAAGGACAGUCUCUGUUUGAUCAAAGAUUAUACCCGGAAGCUCUCGAGGCAUUUUCACGUGCGGCAGAGAUGAGACCGGACAAUAUCGGAUAUCAUAUCAGAAGUAUAACAUGUUUGGCAGCGUUACAGAGACAUGGAGAAUGUUUGGCAUUGGUUAACAAACGUCUUGAGACGGACAAAGAUAAUGCUGACCUCUAUGUUAUGCGGGCCAGACUUCAUGAAAUGUUUAGAAAUACGACACUGUGCUAUUAUGAUGUUAAAGAUGCUCUAGGUAUAGAGGAAACUCAUCCUGAAGCUGGUAGAAUGAUGGGUAAAUUACAGAAGAUAGCCCAGGAAAAUAAACGACAAGCCAUGCAACUAAAUCUGAUGGGCAAACAUCGUGAAGCUUUGCAGAAAAUAUCCAUUGCUAUAGAAACUGACCCCGCUAUUGCAGAUUUUCAUGUUCUCAGGGGUGCGUUACAUCGGAAGUUAGGCGAUUAUAAUGCAGCUAUAGACGAUUUCCUGUUAGCAUUAGACAAAUGUGAUCAUAACGAAGAGAGUCCAGUAUACAUAGAUUCCCAGAGACAGUUGUUACUCACAUACAAUGACUUUUCUGUUGAAUGUUUUACUAAAGGCUUCUUUGAUGAAGCUAUUAUAUUGUUAAAUAAAGCAAUAAAGGGAGAGAAGCGUGAAAAAGGAUUAUACAUCAAUAGAGGAGAUUGUUUCUUCCGGCAAGAGGAGUAUAAUUUUGCUAUGCAGGAUUAUGAGCAAGCCCUGGAACUUGACCCAACAAAUGAGACCAUCAAAUCACGUAUAUCAGUCAUACAUAAUGAAUUUGGUGUCGCAGCCUACCAGGAGAAAAGAUUUUCUGAGGCAGAAAGCAAGUUUAACCAGGCAAUUGAAUUUCACCCUAAAGUUGGCCAGUAUUAUAUCUCACGAGCGAGGGCAAGGUAUAUGCUUGAGAAUAUGACAGGUGCCCGGGGAGACCUUCUGAUGGGAUUAUUACUAGAUCCCAACAAUGAAGAUGUGAUAUCAAUUUUGUCACGGCUGUUUCCUGGCAAGUCUGUAGGCGAUGUGUUAGCAAGCCGGGCUGCGGAAAGUGCCAAAAUUGCCAUCAGGAAUAUAUUUGACCCUCCAAGACAGGUGAAGUCUGAGGACGAAGAUGAGGAGGGCAGUGAAGUGAGUGAGGAAGGUGGUGAAGCAGACGGCAGGAAGUCAGAAACAGAGAGCCAGUCUGCUGGUUCCACUGGUGCUACAAGUGAAGACUCGGAGCCAAUGUGGAGGCCGGGAACCAUAUCAGACUUCAAAGUGAUGAUGAAUGAACAGGAGUUUAACAUAAAACUUGUUGAGAUGAAGCAGGAUGUCAAUACAAAAAUAAAGUCAGCAUUAUUUGACAGAAAAACUUUAAAAUAUGAUGGACCAAGAAUGCUCCCAUUACCGCCACCUAAGCCAAAACCUCAGUACGGUGGAAAAGGAGUUAGACGAGAAAAAUUAAUAACUCCGCCUGGAAAAAAGAAAAGUACAAACUGGCGAACUUUUAGUAGUGGUAUAGGAUUAGGAGGAAAUUAAAAAAUUUAAACAUGAAGCAUAAUGUGAUAAUUUUGAUUUAAUGUGAUUGAUUGAUUUUUUUUUCUCGAUUUUUUAUUUAUUUUCUUUUUUUAAUGCAUUUAGAAGUCGAGAAGAGAUACAUGUGUCAGCAUUCUGUAAGGUAUUACUGUAUAAUUAUGCACAAAGUGUUGGGAGAUUUUUUUUCCUGAUUUGUGCAUAAAUUUGCAUGUUAAGAAAACAUUAUUUUUUAAGUCUUUCUUAAAUAUAAGGUGAAAUGUCUGAAAUUUGUGCCUUUGGAGAAAUAUACUGAUUUAUAUUUUAAACCACAUUGUUAAUUCUAUAUAUGUAUAAAAUCCCACUUGUUGAAGUCACGUUAAUGUGUUUUCACUUCAAUUUAAUUUUAUUAAAAGAUUUUUAAUCUUAAUAAAUGUCUUAUGUCACAAGCCAAGAAACAAAACUUUUAUGUGAAUGACUUGUGAACACAAGGUAAGUAAGUAAGUAACAACUUUAAUGAGGCUUACACAUUCGGUUUCCCGAUCUUCCGUGUGGGCCUCAGCUUUAACUUCUUUCUUUUUCACAUUUCUUGCUGACUGAACUAGUUUUACAGAACACUAUCUUGCCUAAUAUUCCUGACAUAACAUGGACUUUUUAUAUCAGAAGAUAUCUCCUUUCCAAUACAUAUGUUAUUAUAUUUCCAAUUCUGCAAAAUCAUUAUUAUUUGUGGGGCACUUAUUUUUGUGGUUUUUCAUGGAUAGGUUAAUCCACCAAUUUGAGAUCCAAAGAAAUUUCAUUUUGUCUCCUGUAAGAUUAUUUUGCAUCACAUCAUUUCCAUUUUACCUUUUGAAAAAAGAAACAGUCCGCAAAUUUAAGUACCCACGAAAAUGUUUUUUUUUGUGACACAUAUACAAAAUUUCAUGUCCACAAAUUUAACUGAAUUCACAGUACUUAAGCAAUACUAAUACAAUACAAUAUUGUAACAAUAAUUAUCUGAGUAAAUUAUUGAUAUCACAAUCUGUCUUCCUAAAUGUCAGUCAUUUUCCUGGGUUACAAAAGUUGAUACUAGUAUUUGUAAGUUACUUUUAUUUUUGAUGACAUAUUUUCCAUCUGGAAAUCAGACUUGAAUGUGUUUUUGGAUAUGUGUCUCUUUGUAUUAUUUAAUUAAUAAACCUUGAACUUGCUAAAUAUCUGAAAUGGACUUGUCCAUCUUUUAAUCUGGACAAAACCAUUCAUCAAUUUGGGGAAAUAUUUCAUUAUAAACACUGACUGAAUAGCAAACAGUGCAGACCAUGAUCAGGUCAGCUUUUCUGUACAGUCUACCCAUACACUAUUAUAACAAGAAGUAAGAUCAUUUCUUGUAUUUAAAAUCCUUUAAAGGUGCAUAAUGCCUCCGAAACACAGCAAUUUUUACUUCUUUAGAAAGAACAAACACAAAUUUUAUAAUGUUUAAAUAAUGGUUUUAGAGUAUGUUAGAUGCUUGUUUCCUGAAUAAAGUAGUGAUAAAUGUGAAAUAACUUGUUAAUUCAAGUAGAAAAAUGUAAACAAAGUAGUAUUUUGACUUCCACACAAAAUACCAAUUCACUAUAACUGUACUUAUUGCCAAAAAGAAGCAGAUGAAAAAGAUGGUUCAGGUAAAUGGCCAAUGAGUAACUUUUUGGAUACUAUAAAAGUACACGAAAACAAUAAUAGAAUUUUUCAUGAGUCAUUAUAGGCCUUUAAUCUUUGACUUGACUGUUCCAAAUUCAAAGCUGCACAAAUACAUUACAUGAAUUCAGCAAGGUUAAGGGUUGAACAUAUUGUAUGAUUAUUGUCAGAUUUUUGUAAUGCAUUUACCAGAAGCAUUAUUUAACCUAAAACUGCUGAUAUCAUUAUUUUCAUGCAUUAAAGCAUCAUGCCUCCAGAUUUGUGUAAAUUUUUAUCUUCAUUUUUUUUAAGCAUUAAAGAGGUAUGCCUCCAGAUUUAUGUAAAUUUUUAUCUUUUUUUCUUUCAAGCAUUAAAGCGGUAUGCCUCCAAAUUUGUGUAAAUGUUUAUCUUUCUUUUCAAGCAUUAAAGCAGCAUGCCUCCAGAUUUGUGUAAAUUUUUAUCUUUUUUUUUUUUUUAAGCAUUAAAGCCUCUAGAUUUGUGUUAAUUUUUUGAAAAGUUUAGAAUUAUUGUUAAUUAAGUAAUAAAUACUGGCAGAAUGCAUUUAGUAUAACAAAUUGCCAGUACCUUGUCAAAAUACUCAGAAAUUUAAUUUUUCCCAACUGUUUUUAGUAGAAUUUUGGUAAUUCUUUCAUAUUUUGCACAAGGCAUUUAACAGUUUACCUGAAUUGUGAAUAUUUAUACACUUCUUAAACUUUAAAUAUUAGUUUUCAAAAUUUUUUGAUUUAAUUUUAAGAUUUACAUAUUUUUAAUCUCUGUUGGCAUGCUACUAUUUAAUAUUCACGCACAUCCUGAUCGUAGUGGAUCUCGUGUUAUUUUCAAAUUAAUUAUUAUUUUGUGAUUAUGUGAUGGUUUGUGAUUAUAUGGUGAAUUGUGAUUAUAUGAUGGUUUGUAAUCACAUGGUGAAUUGUGAUUAUAAAAUUAUGAUGGUUUGUGAUUAUGUAAUGAAUUGUUAUUAUGUGAUGGAUAGUGAUUAUAUGAUAAAUUGUGAU